CCGUCUAUUCACAGAACACCAUUAUCUGCGCAACAGGAGACGGGGCGGAGAAAAGCGCACGGGUUGUCCGCUCUCCGGACAGCAAGAGCCGAAACAACCGGGGAAAUUAACUAAAUACACCUUAUUACAACAGAAAAAACCCUAACUACGAGCAACAUGAAUUUUUAUGGCUCCGAGCCUAAUCUGGCCAGUGUAGGACAGAGGAGUAACUCCCGACAGAACUUAUUCGUCGGCGGAAACGGCUACCAGACAGAGUUCCAGCAAAUGGAGCCUGGAUACCAAACCUACACCAGCAGGUCCUCCAUGCACGGCGGCGGCGGCGGCGGCCGCAGCAUGAAGAUCAUCUCUACCGCCGGUGGCAUUGGAGGUGGAGCACAGAGUGUUCAAGGUAUUCAGCAAACAGCUGGUUUCCUGUCAAACCAAUGUUUUGAAAUGUUGGAGAAAGCAAAUAAGAUCAUCGACAUUGGAGCCUCACCAGCUGAAGCAGAGAUGUAUCUGCUGAAGGCUGCAGACAAUAUUGAGAAGCUGAAGGGCUAUGGCCGAGAGAUGCAAGAAAUGCGUAUACCAUCUGAUAUUCUAAAAACAAUUGAUUUUUUACAACAACAGCAUUCUAUGCUCAGACACAGACUUGGUGGGUAUGGGACUAUGAAAAGUCACAAAGUCAGUGUGAGCAGUGGUGGCAGUGUGGGCAAUGAUGGCGGGCGAUACUUCAAUGAGGCCAUCCCCUGGAUAACACAGCAGAAGCGCCUGAUUGAGACAGCACCAUUCGGAGAAGACACCAACACCAUAGAAAACCAAAUAGUGGCCCACAGCAAAGUCCACAGCUCCAUCCAAACAAGUCUAGAAGUGAGGCGUGCCAGAGACGAUCUGAUGGCAAUGGGCAAUAAGUACCACCUCAACAUCCUGGAGCAAGAAAUGGAUGCCCUCCAGAAAAUGUCCAGCAAUCGCCUCAAUCAACUCCGUGACCUUCAGAACAUCAUCGAGGAAGUCUCUCGAGCCAUCAUGUGGGUUAAUGGAAAAGAGGAGGAGGAGCUAAUGUUUGACUGGGGAGAUAAAAACAUUGACCAGUACAUACCCAGGAAGCAAGAGAGCUACUCUAAACUGAUGAGUGACUUGGAGGAGAAGGAGAAGGAGUUAAACAGGUUGAAGAUUAAAUCUGGUGCCCUCUUGAACAGCAACCACCCAGCCAAAGAUAAGAUCGAGGCCUACGUGGAUACCCUACAGACACAGUGGAGCUGGCUUCUCCAGAUCACAAAGUGCAUCCAAGUUCAUCUUAAGGAAAAUUCUGCCUACAGCCAAUUUUUCAAGGAGGCCAAUGAAACGUAUGCAAAGCUUCAGAAGCAACAUGACACCAUCAAGAGCAAAUUCCUAUGUGACAAGAAUACCCGUGUGGAGAACCUUAUCGAACUCCUGAAAAAUCUGGAGAGAGAGAAAGAGCGGAUAGUGGAGAAUAAGAGGCAGGUCCAGAGUCUGGUCAACAAGUCGCAGUCCAUUGUCAGGCUGAAGCCUCGAAAUCCCGAGGAGAAAAGCACCACCCCCAUCAUGGUUCAGGCCUUAUGUGACUUUAAGCAAGACCAGAAAAGUAUAUUGAAAGACAACCAGGGCAUACUGAAAGACAACUCUCAGCGCAGCAAGUGGCUUGUAACAGGACCUGGAGGUCUUGACAUGUGGAUUCCCUCUGUGUGCCUGCUCAUCCCUCCUCCAAAUCCUCUCAGCAUCGGAAUUGCUAAAAAAAAUGAGCAGUACUAUGAAGCCAUCAUGGGCAUUUGGAAUCAGCUCUUCAUCAACAUCAAGAGUCUCAUCUCCUGGCAGUACUGUAUCAGAGAUGUCAACUAUAUCAACUCCCUCACCAUCAGCAUGCUGUCGAAGAUGCGUCCUGACGAAUACCGCGAGUUGAUCAAAAAUAUGGAGGUCCAUUACCAAGAGUUCAUGCGUAACAGCCAGGGUUCUGAAAUGUUUGGGGAAGAAGAUAGGAAAACCAUGCAGGGCCACUUUAACAAGGCUCAAGAGCACUACGAUACUCUGAUUAUCCAGAUGCCCAAUUACAGGGAAGAAGAGGUAAAGGUUGAAAAACCUGAAGUCCCACAGCAACUAGGCCAAGUCCCUGUUAAACAGCCGACCAAAACCAACACUGUCAUCAGCCUUUCGUUGCUUAGCAAUCUGCAAGAAAUCCGUCGCAGGCUGGAAAUGGCUGAAUCUGACCUCACUGACCAUCUCCAUAUUCCACUUGGAGAAAACAGUGUGCAUGAGUGCUCAGUGUACAUUCAGAAGCUACACGGUGUGAACCAAGACCUGGAUUCAAUUUACAAUGAUUAUCUGCACCUAAGAGAAAUGAUUACAAAGCAGCUGAGUGGGCUCCCUGCAGACUCAGAGCAGGCCAAGUUCCUCCGUUCCGAACUGGAGAUAGUCAACCACAAAUUAGGAGAACUGCAGCAUCUUAACAAAGUCUACCUUGACAGAUUGAAUGCCCUCAAGGACAUGCUACAAAAAUCUCUCCAGGCUGAGGAUUUUAUUAAAGUACACGAGAUCCGCCUGAUGGAGAAGGAGACCAGUUCCGAUGACCCUCAAGAACUGGAAAUCCAUUGGAGUGCUCUAAGGAGCAUGAAGAGUGAACUUGAUCAAAGACGGGAUCUGCUGACUGCCAUGGAGUCUGACCUGGCCAAAGCACAGUACAGCAACAACCAGAUUUCUGGUUCUUUCCACAAAUGUGAUGUGGAUUUGUCCAAGUACUCUGAGCUUAUGAACCAGCUGUCCAAUCGCUGGCGCCAAAUCCAAAAGCAGAUCGAUAUCAGACUGUCGGACCUGGAAAAACAAAAGCAGCAGUUAACACAAUAUCAGCAGGGAAGAAAUCUGAUGGAGCAGUGGAUAGACAAUACCAGGAAACGGCAGGAGACCCUUAAGAUGGCCAACAUCACUGACAGGCAGACUCUUACAGACCACAUCAACCAACAAAAGGCUCUUCACAAUGAAAUCAAAAACAGGAAGGACAGACUGGAUGAUGUGCUGAGGAAUGCGGACACCUGUGCUACCUCCAUAAAGAAUUAUGAGCUGGAGCUGGCUUCUUACAGCUCAGGCCUGGGAACUUUGCUUAAUGUCCCAGUGAAGAGAACUUUGCUUCAGUCCCCCGCUUCUUCUGUCAGAAGAGAAGCAGGUGAACUUCAGACACAUUACAUCGAGCUGCUUACCCGCUCCAGCGAUUAUUACAAGUUCCUGGGUGACUUGGGGAAGAACAUAGAUGAGCUGAAGCUAAGGAACACCAGGAUUGAGUUGCUAGAGGAGCAACUGAGGCGUCUACAGGAUGAACUUGACGAUCAAAAACAAAAAUACGGUUCUUUGGAGGGUACCUUGGCCAACUACAAGAUGGAGCUCUGUCAGGCUAAAGAUGAACUCAUUUCAGUGCAAGAAGUGAAGAGAACCACAGUAAUGCAGGUUAACGCUGCUAAAGAGAACCUUGAUAGCACACAAGACCAGAUGCAACGUUUAACUGAAGAACUAAGCCGCAUUAAAUAUCAGCUUGAGGAGGAAAAGAGGAAAAGAAAUCUUGCAGAAGAGCGCUUCACAAGUCACCAACAAGAGUGUGAUGCAUCAACUCGUUCCAGGAUGCAGGAACUGGAUGCCAUGAACUGGACAAAGAUAAACCUAGAGAAGUCGGUGAAGGAUAAAGAACAUGAAAUUGAGAGACUGAGGAUGCAACUGGAGGAGGAAGAAAGGCGUCGUCAAAAAGUCGAGUCAGAUAUAUCAAAGGUAAGAACACAGUGCACCCAGGAGAUCAGUCAACUCAAACAGACAUAUGAGACAGAGAUCCAAGUCAGCAAGACCACCAUUCUGAAAGUGUCCCAGCAGAAAGAUGAGGAUGCAUCACAGUUAAGGCUGCAAGUUGACCGGCUCACAGACGAGAAGAGAAAUCUGGAAGAGGAGCUCAGGAGACAGAGACAGUCCAUUGCUGUCAUUGAAAUGCAUAAAAGCAAGGCAGAGCAGGAAGCCAGCCAGCAGAUGGCCUCAGUGAAUGAAGCGACAAGGAUUCGCACUAAUUUGGAGCUGCAGCUGAGAACGCUCCAGCAGCAGAGAGAUGAAGAAAACCUGAAAUUACAGGAAUCCAACAGAAACAGUCAGGAAAAGUCCAGGCAAAUCAGUGAGCUAGCAUUUAACCUACAAGAAGAGGAGAAAAAGAGGAGAGCUCUGGAACUGGAGUCCAGCCAACUGAAGAAAGCCACAGCAGAACUCAUGGCAAAGAACAGCGCUUACCUUGAGACAAUUAACACACUCAAAGGGACUGAGCAGGAAAUCCACAUCACCCGAGUGGAGUUGGAAAAGCAGACCAGUGAGAAAACCAAGGCAGAGCAGAGUUCUACCAGGCUUCAGAGUCGUAUCAGGGAACUUCAGUGCUCUCUGGAUGGGGUGGAAGCUGAGCUGGACAAGCAAAAGAAGGCGACCCAAGAGGAGUUCACUCGUCGGAAGCGAAUGGAGGCAGAGUUAGAGAGGAUGACAAGUACAUGCAGAGAGCAUACCACUACAAUCAACUCACUGAAAUCAGUUCAGAUAGAGGUCACAAACACUGGGAGAAAGUAUGAGCAAGAUAUCAAGGCUCUCCAAGAGAAACUGGACAGGAGUUUAAGGGAUUGUAAAGUCACCAAAGAAGAAUUGACAGCGGUGACAAAUGAACUCAAAAUACUAAAACAAAAACUCCAGCAAGAGCAGGUGCGAGUUCAUGAGCUCAACCAGCGCAAUGAAAGCUUGUACAAAACCAUAGAAGAGAAGAGCCGCCAGCUCAACGAAUACACCACAGAGAUUGAAAAGCUGAAGACUCUGACACAGAACCUUACCAAAGAGAGACUGAGGUUGGAGGAAGAGCUGAGGGCAGUACGACAAGAAAGAGAGGAACUGAAGAUUAGCAGAGGUGCUAUUGAUACAGAAAGUGCCACUCAGAUCUCAGCUUUGAAUGUCCAGCUUCAAACGAGCUCCAAGAGGACAUCCGAGCUCCAGUUUUUCAUCAGUGACCUGACCAAGGAGAGAGAAAAGCUUAAAAUGGAAAUAGAAAAAUUCCAAAAGCAGUCAAUUGAGACCUCCAAGUUGGCACAUGACUCCCAAAGCAAAUAUACUGGCCUAGUGCUGGAGAGGGACAGCUUGCUCUCCAAACUUAAAAUGCUGGAGCAGGACAAGAACCGUAAUCAGAGAUUAGAAGAGGAGCUUGGCCGCAUCAAGUUCUCUCUGGAGACCGAGCUUCGCAACAAACAGCAUUUGCAAGAUGAAAGAGAUGCUAUCCAUAAAGAAUUAACCUCUAUGAAGAGCCAGUAUGAGUCCAGAGAAUUCCAGAUUAGACAGUGCGAGUCAGACAAGGGCAAGGCUGACCGAGACAGGCUAUCCCUUAACAGUGAGAUUGAGAGGCUGAGGAGGGAGAUGCACAUUUUGGAGGAAACAUAUAAGAGACGUCUCGUGAUCACAGAAAAGGAGGCAUCUGAUCUGGCUCUGAAGAGAGAUGCCCUAGAGAGAGAGAUUCUUAGACUGAAGAGACCAGCUAUGUUUAACAUUCAGACCCAGACAGAUGAGAAAAUCAUGACAAUUGAUCCAUCAAAGCUUGUAUUUGAUGGUGUGCACCGGAAAGUCACAGCCCACCAACUUUGUGACUGUGGUAUAAUCAGUAAAGCUACCUUGGAAAUGCUGUUAAAGGGCAAAAAGACAGUGGAGGAAGUAGCUGUGGACAUCCAGGUUAGUUUAAAGGGCACUGGCAUUAUAUCUGGGAUGAAGACAUGUUCACAGGGAAAAAUGCCGUUCACCGAAGCCAAACACAAGAAACUCCUCAGCCCAGAGAGUGCCAUCAUGCUGUUGGAAGCUCAAGCAGCAACAGGCUACGUUGUGGACCCUACAUUUAAUGAGAAGAUGUCUGUAGAUACUGCCUGUUCAAGAGGGAUUGUAGACACAGAAGACAGAGAUGUUUUAUUGAAAGCUGAAGCCGCCAGCACAGGGUUCAAGGAUCCAUACACCGGCAAGGUGCUGUCUGUGGGACAGGCUUGCAAAAAAGGUCAAAUUGACAAAGAAACUGCUAUCCGGUUGCUCCAGGCUCAGGAGUCUGUUGGGGGCAUAAUAGACCCAGUGCUGAGUGUAUAUCUUCCAAAAGAUCUGGCCUUGGAUCGUAAUCUCAUAGAUGAUGAUCUUUAUAGGGCUUUGAAUAAAAAGCCUGCCUCCUACCUGGACCCAGCAACAGAAGAGAAGAUCACAUAUACUGACCUUAGAAGGAAGUGCACAGUCGAACCAGUGUCUGGUUUGCUCCUGCUCCAAGGUCCAGAAAAACCCAUGACAGUUAAGGGUAUCCGUGGGAAUGUCUCUGUCACAGAACUAGUUAAGUCUGAGCUGCUGAAUGAAAUUGAUGUGCAAAAACUCAACCAGGGUAAACUCACUGCAAAAGACAUUGAAGACAAGCUAAAGUCAUAUCUCUGUGGCUCCACUUGUAUCGCAGGUAUCUAUGAUGAGGUCAAUGACAGGAUAAUGCCUUUCUAUCAGGCAAUGAAGGAAGGACUGUUAAUGAGAGGAACCACCCUAGAGCUUCUUGAAGCACAAGCUGCAUCAGGCUUCAUUGUUGAUCCAGUUAACAAUGUUUUCCUGACAGUAGAAGAAGCCACCAAAAGAGGCAUUAUAGGGAAGGAGUUCAAGUCUAAGCUCAUGUCGGCAGAAAGGGCAGUCAUUGGAUACACAGACCCAACAACAGGCAAGACAAUCUCUCUCUUCCAGGCUAUUGCAAAAGAUCUUAUUGAGAAAGGACAUGGGAUCCGGCUGCUUGAGGCCCAAAUUGCCAGUGGUGGAAUUAUUGACCCAGUUGAGAGCCACCGCAUUGAAGUUUCUGUUGCCUAUAAAAGAGGAUAUUUUGAUGAGGAGAUGAAUGAGAUUUUAAGCUACGAAGGAGAUGACACAAAAGGGUUCUUUGACCCAAAUACCAAGGAGAACCUGACAUAUCUUCAACUGAAGGAGAGAUGCAUCACAGAUAAAAAAACAGGGCUAAUACUUCUGCCCCUCAAAGACAAGAAAAAGGCUCAACAGUCAAAAGAAAGUCGCACCAAUGUGCUCCGUAAAAGGCGUGUUGUAAUUGUUGACCCUGACACAGGGCUGGAGAUGUCAGUCAGGGAGGCCUAUCAUAAGGAUCUAAUUGACUAUGAAACGUUCCUGGACUUGUCAGAGCAAGAAUGUGAGUGGGAGGAAAUCACUAUCACAGGAUCAGAUGGUUCAGCACGUUUAGUUAUUGUGGAUAGAAAAACUGGAACCCAGUAUGACAUUCAAGACUGCAUAGACCGUGCUGUCAUUGACCAAAAGAUGUUAGAUCAGUACCGUGCCGGAACACUAACCUUGACAGAGUUUGCUGACCAAAUUACUAGCAAGACCAGCAGCACUGAGAUGACUAUUGCAGCCAGCAGUGUUGAUGACAUGGUCACAUGCAGCAGCCCCACCCAAGCCACACCAUCUUCCCCUACUGUUCGUAAACGCCUCAGCAGCAUUUCAAUUACAGUCUCUCCCCCAGGAAUGUUUGAUGACCAAAGUCCUGUAGCAGCCAUAUUUGACACAGAGACUUUAGAGAAAAUAACUGUUACUGAGGGGCUCAAAAGAGGCAUUGUUGACACUCUUACAGCACAAAGACUGCUGGAAGCUCAGGCUUGCACUGGCGGGAUCAUCAACCCUGCAACCGGUGACCGUCUGUCACUUGAAGAUGCCCUCCAUCAGAGUAUCAUUGAUGAAUCCAUGGCUGCUAAACUAAAAGCUUCUCAGAAAGCCUACAUUGGUUUCGAGGAUGUGAAAACCAAACGAAAGCUCUCUGCGGCUGAGGCAGUAAAAGAGAACUGGCUACCCUACGAGGCAGGCCAAAGGUUUUUGGAGUUUCAGUAUUUGACAGGGGGUCUAAUAGAACCACACACAGGGCGUCGUGUCAGCAUUGAAGAAGCCAUCCGGAAAGGCUGGCUAGAUGGUAAAGGGGCACAGAAGUUGCAAGAAACUCGGAACCAUCAGAAGAAUUUGACUUGUCCAAAGACUAAGUUGAAGAUCUCCUACAAAGAAGCCAUGGACAGCUGCAUGGUGGAAGAAAGCAAUGGAAUGAAGAUGCUGCAGGCCUCUUCUGUGUCCACCAAAGGAAUAAGCAGCCCUUACAAUGUGUCCAACCCAGGAUCUCGCUCUGGUUCCAGGGCUGGAUCUCGCACUGGCUCAAGGAGUGGAUCUCGUAGAGGGAGUGUCGAUUAUUCCUCCAGUUACUCCUACAGUUUCUCCUCCAGCAGUACCACCUACAGUUGAAAUAUUAUCUCCUAAUGCAAGUAAAACAACUGCUUUAUAAUUUUCCUGUUUUUAUGGUGUUUUUUAGUUAAAUGUAGCUGGGUUUUGUUAAAAAAAAAAAUCAUUUUUUUCAUUUGUAUAUGAUUUAAAUGUUUGUGAUUUUUCAAUAGUUUUGGUUUUGAUUUUAAAUGCUGACUACUACUGACAUCCUUGUCGUGUCAAAAAAUUUGCCUUGGCUUUGUGGUAAAACAAAUUUAAUUUCAUUUUAUGUUGUUUUUUUGUUAUUUGGUGUAGGUUUCAAUUAACCUCAAGAUUUCUUUUUUUGUUGUUUUUUGCGGUUAGGUUUUAUUGCAGUUUCAUUCAUGUUUUUAGAAAAUGAUUUUAUCUAGAAUUAUUGGUGUUUUGUUCAAAUUGAAAAACUAACUAUGCUAGUUAACUAUAAACUCUUGCUGUCUAUGUAGUUCUAAUUUUUUUACAUUACAUUACAUUCUUACUCCUCUUUUGACACCGCUAAUGCUCUUUAUAAAUUUAUAAACAAACCCUCUAUAUUAUUGGUUUAUUGCAACAUAAAAAAAAUAUGUUUCUUUGAUUUCUUUUUGUUUUUAAUACCACAUUUAACACUCAUAAUCCCUUGGACCUACGAUUGAUUGUUUUGGGAAUUUUUUAAAAUCAGAAUUUAUUGCAAC